AUGUACCAUCCCCGCAGCUGUCAGCAGCGGGUCAGCUACGGCACGUCGGUCCACAAGAUCUGGAGCAGGCACACGCCCGCCUUCAACUGCAUCGAAUGCUCUACACUCAACAUCUGCAGCGACUUCACCAGCAGCUUCAGCAUCGAUCACAACUAUCAACGCAGCCAUUGUCGCAAGCACACAACCUACAGCCACCACCUCCGCAGCAGCAGCAUGGUGGGACUCAGCAGCAGCCUCCACCAAUCGGCACGCAGCAGCAACCACGCCUGCCCCCACAGGCGUUGCUCAAUAUUUUCCUGGAACAGCACCCACACCAACACCAACACCAACACCAGCACCAACACCAGCACCAGCACCUGCAUCCGCACCCGCACCCGCACCCGCAUCCGCACCAGCACCAGCACCAGCACCAGCACCAGCACCAGCACCAGCACCAGCACCAGCACCAGCACCAGCACCAGCACCAGCACCAGCACCAGCACCAGCACCAGCACCAGCACCAGCACCAGCACCAGCACCAGCACCAGCACCAGCACCAGCACCAGAGCCAGAGCCAGAGCCAGAGCCAGAGCCAGAGCCAGAUUUGCUACCUCUGCCUUGCAAGAAAUAUCGGCUAGCUCUACCAUGCAGAAUGGCAGUGUGUUUCCAUCCGCCGCGUUUGACUCAUCCUUCCUCUCAGACCGAGGUGGUUUACCGGCUUCACUUGUAGUCAAUAGCCCCGGCGUGGUGGGCAACGUAUCGAUCAGCGUGGGCGGGGCCCAAUCCACGGCAAGUCCCGCAGCUCUGUCGGGUGUCUAUGAUACCAGCUUGCACUCGCUUCCCGACUUUGUCCCACUUCAACUGCAAAACCAAAUGGCCCCUUUACUGCACCGACAAACACCCAUCACCAGCUGGAGUCAAGCUUCAGAGGCCACGGCCUUGCAUGCCUUGGUGAACGUGGGCCACAGUGGGCAAGCUCGGCCACCCGUUCUGUCCUCAGAGCAGAUGACCACCGCAUCAGAUCGACUGCGUAGUUUGAGCACGCUUCCCGAGCUGCCCGUCAUGGACAGUGAAUUCCCUCUUCUCGCUCAGCUAUGUGCACCCUUGCCGGCCAGUCCAUCUUUCACCACUCUAGGAGCCUUGGCGGCGGAUUGCAAGCCGACCAAACGCCGAACGUCUUCUGGCGCAACCGCUGUAGCUUACGAACCAAAGGCGGCCAAGGUAACCAAAUCUUCCAAGACGGUCAAGGCCAAGGGCAAGAUGUCCCAGCGAAUGAAGACGUUGCAGCAGGCAAGCCCUCCUCCAUCGGCCCACACAGGCACCAUGCAGGUGUCUGCUAGUGUGCCCGAUGUUCCUGUCAGUGAUAGGACCCCCCAAUACGAUAAGACACACGGCCGCACAAGUCUAGGAACGGUGCCGCCAGCCAAGCCCAAUAUCAGCCCAAUGAGGCCUGACUUGGCGACCCCUGUGCCAAUUCCCCAGACAGAUUCAAGACCUGGCUCGAGCGCCGCUCCCGUCGAUUUUCGGCUGAGCACCAUGUUAUCUCGCCCGUUGAUGCUGACCAAAAAGAGCACGAGUAGCUCAUUGUCGGUGCCAGUGCCAGUGCUCACGCCAGCAUCGACGCAAGCUUCAAGAAGUCGCAAGACGAAGCAGCUGCGUGCUGGCAACACGAGCGGAGCAGCGGGUGUGAGAAGAACCCGAACGGCCCGAACGGCCCGAACGGCCAAAGCUACCUCCCGGGUACCGCGCACACCCCAUGCGUUAACCUUGGAGACUGUCGCAACUGCAUCGACUCGCCAAGAGCUGCAUUGCGACUGUCGUAGCCUGGCCUUUUCCAGCGCAGCGGACUUGUUACAGCAUGAUGUGCGCGAGCACGGGCGCGUGCGCCUAACGCUCCCGGCUGCCAAAACGAAAUCGACCCUGGCAUCGGCCUGGACAUGUUGGUUGUGCGAACGGCCCUUUGACACUCGCCAAGCCCUGGCCAAUCAUCUUUUCGCGCAUUUUGAUGCCGUUUGCCAAUAG